CGCUCAUGCACAUGCAUCAUGGCCGCCCCAGUUUGAGAAAGAACCUAACAGUCAAGCACUAUUUGCGGUAACUUCGGAUUAGACUCGGAAUAGGUGCAGUGCGCUAUUAUCAGGCGUGGAGGCCGUACUCGAUUGAUGCAAGAUUCGCAGUACAUAUGCGGCAAUGCUGGACCCUGACAUACACAGGAAUUACUACUAUCAGUGGUUAAGUUCCAUUACUGGGACACAUGCCCCAGACGAGGAGUUCUGAACCAUCUGAUCCGCCGAUCCGAUACAAUUGUACUGCGAUGUAUUAUUUGCCCAUUAACUCCCACCGUCGGAAGGUGGUGCGACCAAUAAACUGGUGGCACUGCUACUAGUAUACACGGGAAUUUGAGAAUGAUUUUUGCACAGGUAAGUCCAAUAUACACCAGUACUUAAAAGCUCCUCGCGCAGUUGUCCCGACCCAAGUUCAUUCCAGCAUUAUGUCCUGUCCUUCGGAAAACUCUUUUCAGUCUAAACCACACGGUGAUGACCAGACACAUGCGGCAGUUGCGAAAUCUCUAUAUAUACUCCCGACCGAUGAGCAAGAGCGCAAAAGACUGGAAGUUCAACACGAAGUCCUUCGAAACGCAUUCGGGGGUCGUAUUGUCUUCGCUCCAAUUGAACUGCACGCAGGAGACAAAGUACUCGACAAUGGAGCUGGCUCAGCAACCUGGCUCCUUGACUGCUAUAACGCCAAUAAGGAUGCUACCUUCUUUGGAAUCGAUUUGAAGACGAACAUUUUUCCAGAGCUUGACGAUGUACAAAAGCAACAUAUACAUUUGGGGGCAGGGAACAUUUUACAGAUACCGAACGAUUGGACCAGCAAUUUUCAGCUAGUGAACCAGCGACUCCUUAUCGCAGCGUUAUCCAAAGAAAAUUGGAACACGGCCGUGGAGGAGAUUUUCCGUGUCCUUGCUCCAGGAGGCUGGGUGCAGCUCGUUGAAUCUAGUCAUUGCGUAGCUGGAGAGGCAACCCAAAGACACUACUCGAUGCUUCAGGAUCUCUUUGUUAAAAGAGGUCUAUUACUCAACUGCGUCGAGCAUAUUCCGAAUGUCCUCAAAGGCACUGGGUUUGAAAAAAUCACGACACAGCGUCUUGAAAUUAGCCUUGGGGGUGGGGACGACGAAGACGGGAUGAAAGCUAAAGCUCGGGAGAGUUUUGUUGGUGUCUACAAGGGAAUGCAAACUCCAGUAGUGAAGAUGGGGAUUCGAACAGAGGGGGAGUUUAAGGAGUUGGUGGAAGACCUAGAAAGGGAAUGGGAGAGCAACAGUCAGUCAAAGGUUAUCUUCUACGCAUUUACAGCUCAGAAACCGACCGUGUCGGCUUGAGGCUUCGGUUUGAACAGUGGGUCGUUUUAUAUACAAUACAUUCUUAAUACAUACUAGUAGAACGCAAGUACUACAUGGCAAUGUCACAUUAGAUAUAAUGAUGAAACACGACGUUGAAACA